AUGCACGGGCUGAGUGGGGUGCUCCACAUCUGUCUCUUCGCGACCAGGAGUCAAUUAUCACACAGGUCCCCUGUCUCAUUCUCCGUGUUUAUCGGGCUCUCUCCAAGAUGAGGAACAUCCUUUGGCUACUCGGAGUUGCUGCCUUGUCCAGCAUGGGCGAAGCCUUCGUCGGUGUGCCAGUUCGGGCCACGGCGUUGGUAGCGCGCGGCCGGGCAUCACAGCAGGAGAGCUGCUGCACUUCGUUGGUUACGCAUAGCAUCCAUCGCACUUUUGCGGUCGACCACGAUGGCCAAGAGACCGCCCGGCGGCCGGCAAACAUGGGGAGGGCUGCAGCAACUAGCGCACUUCUCGCAAAAAAGAAGGGAAGGGGAGGCGGGAACAACGAAGGGGCCAAGCCGCGGGAACGGAAGGAAAAGGAUGAUGUCAUAGAGGUGGAAGGUGUGGUAAAGGAGGGGCUUCCCAGCGCGAUGUUUCGUGUCGAAGUCGGGGCAACGGGAAAGGUGGUCUUGUGCACCAUUAGCGGGAGGAUACGCAAAAACUUCGUCCGGAUUUUGGUUGGAGACCCGGUUCGGGUGGAGCUAUCUCCGUACGAUCUCACACGCGGCAGGAUCACCUUCCGCUACAAGAAAUAACAAUUUGGCAACGAUCGUUGCGCCUCCCCGUGUUGAGCAAACAACACAAGAUGGCUGCCAAGGGUGCAGUGCAUCUUUUCAAAGCCUGGGGCAGGCUCCUUGAAGCGCGUCGUUGAUGUUCUGGGUUAGAGAGGUUUUCAUGACGGCGGAGCAUGUUCCUUGGUUGGUUUGGGUUAGAGUGUCAUGAAUGACUCGACUAGUCGGCACAGACAGUAAAUUCUAGUAGAGCUCCUCGUUCCACCAAUCGAAUCCACUGCUGUCACUCGAUGCACAGCGAUGAACGGGGGCACAAUUUCUGUAGAUAAGUUGCGAGUGGUCGUGUGUAGUGUAGCACCCGCACUGUUUCGUUAUGCCUCGCCUGCGGAAUAAAAUAGACACCCAGUGCUUGUGUGAUUGUGACACGUCCGCUAUCAUCCAUCUUUCGCAUGCUGGCCUGGGUGGCAUGCCCGCACAUGGACGCCGCCUACCAAGUCUGUCACCGACAUGCUUAUUUUCGCCAAGACAAAUAAACAGCCAGACCCUGCCAAGACAGGGUUGUGAAUGCCGUAGUGAAAUGACCCGCUUUAACCUGCAUGCGGGGACUGUGACUCGCGUGCACAAGGUUCGUGUAAAAAUUAGCCUGCGUCGCGCGUGGAAAGAGAGGCUUCUCGGAUCUCCGCGUGCAAAGCAAGCACGUUCAAUGUCUAUGGCCAUUCAGAAUCGAUCAACGCACGCCUGGAUGGCGCCGAGUACGUAGCACAUGCGCGUGAGCUUUCACCAAAGAUUCAAACGCCUUGGAUUGCUGCUCUCGGCGGAGUGCACGUCUGCACGCAACGAUAUUGCGGUAGCUGUCGGGCUGGAGAUCAUGCGGUCUUCCUCAACCAGCCCGCGAUACGGAGCCUGGCCACUAUGUACGCAAAAUACAAUGAUGAUGAGCUCACACACAAAAAAACGUUCUCAUGUACUGUAGACUGUGGUAGUCCACAUUCGAAUUUCAUUCAUUGUAACUCAGCCGUUUGUCCAGCAUGAGAAUACAUACUAUUUUUUCCACGCAACGAAGCCGGCGAACUUUCGCUUGCACUUUCACUCCUGCUUAUAGUCUAGACUACUCUGCCCGCCAGAACGUUUGAAUCUCCCUCUCGCCAGUUGUCCGGUUGAUGGUGGAGGUGGUGUUGGUCUGGUUGGGACUGCAUGUAAAGCACCGCCAGCCGUUGAUGAGAGAGCUUUUUUCGGCUGCAAGCUCAAGUACAUAAGCAGCUGCCGACCGACGGACAGAUGGGACGCCGACAAUAGUUUGGAAAUACACACACAGAAAGACCAGAGUAAGGACGGGUAUUAAGGACCCCCUAAGGCACCCCCCACUUAGGCAGCUUGUUCUCUGGUUUCAAGAUGAUUCAUGAAGAGAUCAAGGUAUCAUACGAUAGCCUAUAACAUAGACUACAUGACAAAGAAAGAAAAAUUGAAAAAAGUGAAGGUGGCGAGUAUAUAUAGACCUUGAAGUAUACCUCACGUUGUAGGUAACAAUUGGGUCAAAAGGGAGGGGUAUUAAGGACCACUUUCCGGUAGUGGCCGGAUACGCACGUUCUAAAGCGUUCCACGACCUGAAAUUUGGUACACAGGCUCUUAGUAUGACGUAUGUUCGAUACAAAAACAAUAAAAUAAAAUGGUGCACACCCGGGGACAAAAUGCCCAUAUCCCCGGUUUUUCGGCCCAGUUUUGAGGAACGGAAUAUACCCCUUUUGGGUGGUACUGCGUGUUCUCUUGCCUUGAAAUCAUGCAAACGUAGUAAUUUGAUGAACUUAUGACUUGUAUGCGUCCUACUUGGACUCACAAAAAAAAAAUUGCGGCAAUCGAAUACCUAUGGACGACAUUAUGCCUGUCCAGACAUGGGGUACUUUCCCCCCUUUUUCGGCUUGUACGGCAGAAAAUUCCGAAAAAAUCUGCUACAGUUAAAUGAACAAUUUAC